CGUAAUAUGAUAUUCGCAAUUGAAUAGCCAAAACUCGGCCUUUUAGAGAUCGCCAGCACAAAUUUUCGGUUUUACAAACAGCUUUAAGGACAAUGAAACUAUCUUCGAAGCGCAAACAGAGGAUAAAUUAUAGUUACAGCGAGUUACAUGAAUCCACAUGGGUGAUUAAACUUUAUAAUUGAUCCAUUCCAGCACGCUCCCAAUUGUACAGCUUUGUUGAGCACGAAAAAAUGGAAGACAUCUUGACGAAACUAAACCUUGAAGCGCUCGUUGCAGUAUUUCGACAAGAACGAAUCAUUCCUUCGAUAGUUCAGUUGAUGAGUGAUGAGGAAUUAGAGCGACUUGGUGAAACUGCGAUUAGAGAUUGAGUUCGAUUGUGUGAACUUUGUAAAGAAGACCAAGAGGACAGUAGCAGGUCAUCGUUUGGCUCUCGAAGUGUACACGUUGCAAACACCUCAAUAAGCAGAACCGGAGAUGUACCUUUAGCUGACGCUGUCCUCGAUGAACGGAUGCGUCUUUUCAAUGCAAGGGGCGCUCGGUCGCAAUCUAAAAGUAGAAGCAAGAAACAUCCUUAUCCACGAACUUGGACUGUUCACUUUGUUUACCUUGCAGAUCGGUAUCAGUGCAAAAUACCAUCAGCUGUUGAGAAACAAACUUUGCACAAAGCAGGCUUAGGAUUAAAAAAGAUCAAGCUACUCUUAGAUGAUGAUGCAAGUGCGGUGUAUGAGAAGCUUGUCUCGAGUGAAAAGGACGAUGUAGGUGAUGUGAAGGGGUUUCCCCAAUUACGUGAAGCAGGAGGAUUUGAGAUGCUACAUUGCCUACCAAAUUGCCAGGAUUUAACACCUCUUAAGUGUUCCUGGGCUGCCAGAGAAAUAAGAAGUAAUUUAGGAGGGCAAUCCAAAAUUUAACUGAGGCCAAUCCAAAAAGAUCUGUCCACUAAAUCUCUCAUACCACAGAAUUCUUGUGAAGUAAAAGAGAAAUGCCUGGCUUGCCAGAAAGAAUUCCCAAUGAAUGAACUCAGAACACACUCUUUUUACAUGUGUACAGUUGGAUUUAAUAGUGGAUCAGACUCAGAUGGUGACAAUGGUUGCAUUCUGGAAGGAAUAUCAACUGCUGACUCUAGAAGUGAAUCGCCAGUGAGUCCAGUGAUGUCGCAAGCUCCACAACAAAUACAGGAAGCAAACCCAGUCAUAGAAGUUUCUAACUCACCAGCACCUGUACAUGAACCUGAAGAGAAACAAGAUAAUAUUGAUACUGCCGUUGGGAAAGUUGUAACCUUUUGCCAGACAAACAAUGUACACAAUCCCGUGGAAGUUCUCCGAUGUAUGCAGAAAGAAGUUGUCACUGGCAGGAGAUUGGAAUUAGAAUCUGACAGUGAAGUGUUAGAGGGGGAGACAAACUGCAUCAAUGUAGACAGAAUGAAUAUACUUGAAACAGCAUUCGAGGAAAUAGGGGCUCUGGAAAACCUUCGCCUCACUCUGGAGGUUUCUUUUUAUGGGGAGAAAGCACGUGACUAUGGGGGUCCGAGGAGAGAGUUCUUCCGGCUCACACUCACAGCUAUUAAAGAAAAGUAUUUUGACAAUGGCAUACGUGACCUUCUUGCAGAUGAGUACUAUAUUGUUGGAGUGAUAAUUGGUUUAAGCAUCAUUCAGAAUGGAAAGAUCACCCAGUUCUUUUCAGAGGAUCAGCUGGAAAACAUCUUUAACAGCAUCCAAUCAUCAGCAGCUUAUUGUAAUUUACAGAAAGGAUUGGACAAAUUAGGAAUAUGUAUGGUCUGCAAACAGCUGCCGCUCCUUGUCUAGGUACCUGAGAGAGGUACAAAGUGGAAGGAGAAUGAGAGUAACUCUGGCCCAUGUUUUGUGGUUUGCAACAGGGUCAGAUGAAGAACCCCUGUUGGGAUUUAAAUUGCAUCCCUCGUUGCUCUUCACUGCAGCAGUACAGUCCUUUCUGCCAAUAGCUAACACAUGUAUUAAUGCCAUCAUUUUGCCAUCACCGACACUUGAGAUCAGUAUUCCACCUGACGAGAAGCUAUUUGAUUUAUAUGACUGUGCAUUUCUAUAUAGCUAUUUUGGCAAUGUGUAACAUUCUUGUAAUUUCUGGCUUGUUUUAUCAUAGUGUUGUCAUUUCUCAAGGGAAGACAUUAUUUUUGACCUUGAAUGAUUAAGUGGUUGAAACCUGAAAAUUGUUGUUAUCACUUUCCUAAUAUGUUGUUGUUAUUAUCGUUUACCCGAUGAUUGUUUAACCAUGAUUGCCAUUCCAAGAAUCACAAUAAUGUAUUUCAAGUAAGAACAAGAAAUACCCUGUUCAGACCCUUUGAAAUAUUUCUGUUUGGAAUUUUAUGCUUUAACUUCAGUUCAAGAAAUAUAUUUACCAAUGACUUAAAGUCACCAUAUCUUACAGUUGUUUCAUGUCUUUUAACUUGCUUCUUCUUGUGAGUGUAGGUGGGUCCUCUACUUGCAGUUUAAAGGACAUAAAGUUCAUUUCAUCUAUACAAAGUAGGACAAAGUUCAAAUUUUGAAGUUACUUCAGAGAGUGCUACAAUACAAAUAAUGUUAUCAUCAAAAUAAAGUGGAUUUUUUAAAAAUACUUAAUGUCAUUCAUUAACAAAGACCUAGUUUAAGUUGGCCGUGCAGAAUGGUCCUACUAGAACCUGGCACUCAAACGCAACUUUUGUUGUUACAUGGGCUCUUUCCUUUAUACUGACAUCUAGUGUAAAUGACCUGUCAUGAACUCCUUUUUGAUACCUUACAAACCGCUGCAACUCAACGCAUCAAUAAAAAUUGGGUAAAGAGUGGAUAUUGAUUAUUAACCCUUCAAAGCGGUUUCUAAAUACAGUACUUUUAUUAAGAUCAUUCUAGUUCACAGCAACUCUGAACAGGAACAUGUAUUCCUGCUAAAAUACUGUUUCAAGGUUCCACUAUUAAUAGCUCUUCAUGCUACCUUAGUCAUAUGGUUUCCUCCUCACAGACUUGAUUGAAAUUCCUGGUAGUGAUUCAUUUGCAUUCCUUUGAGAGACCACUGACUGCCUGACGAUAUGAAGAGCUUUCAAGUACACCUCAAUUCCAAAGUUAGACGAUGUCCACGUCCACGGAAUUUCAUGGUUCAGUUGCUGUGUACAGUCACUCCUCAACCGAAAUGAGAGGGCGUCAAAGAUAGGCCUCCCAGAACCAUUGUCACCACCUUCAGUAAUAAAUCCUUCAACCCCAUA